AUGCAAACAAUGAUGAAAACAACUUUUGUUUUAGUUAAAGCAAAGUGUCCGCCUCCAUGUUACCAUCCAAGAUGCCCGCCAGUCCCUCCUCAUUGCCUUCCGAGACCUCCUGAACUUCCCGAACCACCAGGUCCUCCAGGUCCUCCAGGUCCUCCAGGAACGCCAGGACCACCAGGUAUGCCUGAAAAACGAGGACCACUUGGAUUUCCAGGAACGCCAGGAAUUCCUGGCUCGCGCGUACCUCCAGGAAAACGAGGAAAACAAGGUUUACCAGAGCCUCGCGGUUACCCAGGACUUGCAAGCCCUCCAGGACCUAUGGGGUGGCCAGGUAAACCAGGAAGACGAGGGAAACAAGGAAUACCUGAUUUUCCAGAACCUCCUAGACCUCCAGACCUACUAAACCUUUUGAGACCACCAAGACCGCCAAGACCUCCAGGUCUACCUGGUCCACCAAGUCCUAAAGAUCCUCCAAGACCAAGUCUCUCCGGUCUUCCAGGACCGCCAGAACCACCAGGUAUGCCAGGAAAACGAAGACCACCUGGAUUUCCAAAACCGCCAGGAAUUCCUGGCCCGCGCGUACCUCCAGGAAAACGAGGAAAACAAGGUUUACCAGAGCCUCGCGGUUACCCAGGACUUGCAAGCCCUCCAGGACCUAUGGGGUGGCCAGGUAAACCAGGAAGACGAGAGAAACAAAGAAUACCUGGUUUUCCAGGACCUCCUGGACCUCCAGGCCCACCUGGAAAACCAUGUUUGAAUUGUCGAGUGCACCAUGACCAUCAUCACCAUCACCACGACGACCAUGCACACCGUCACGGUCACCGACACCUUCAGCUACAUCGCCAUGCUGAUGGCCACCACCAUCAUCAUGGUCAUCAUCAUCAUCACCAUCACAAACACCAUCACGCUCAUCACCACAAACAGCUUCAUAUUCAUAAGCACGGACACCGCCACGAUUACGGACACUAUCACCGUCAUCACCAUCGUCACGGUCAUCAUCCACACAUGCACCGACAUCGUCAUGGACAUAUACAUGAGCAUAAAGGCAUCUAUAAGCACAAACGCAGUCAUGAACAUGGCCAUUUACAUUAUGGUUGUUUCAGAUGGUAUAGUCGUUUACUUCCUACAGUCAAUGACAAUGCCGUUCCCGUUAUUCCUACUAUCGUCCCUAUUAUCCCGCCUGCGGCUGCCGUAAAUGCUAAUAAUGCAGCCGCAUUAGCUCAAGCUACCAACUCUUUAACUCCCACUAAUGUUAACAUGCAGCGAACUUCUACAUCACAUAUUAGCAAGCAUCUCGAUAAGAUGAAUGUUAGUAAAAAUACAAAAUUAAGCAAAAGAAGUUUUGAAGAAACGAAUGCAAAAGCACUGUCGGCUGAAACACGACUCGAAAGCGCUACUGUUGAAAGAGCGACUGCUCCAGUUUAUGAGAGCACUCCUGAGCCGGAAACAACAACUACAGGAACGACAGAAACUUCAAAUUCUGCCACAGAUUUAGAGACAAACAAUUUCGACAACGAAACUAUUGAGGAAAGCUUUUUUUCUCCAAAACCGAGUGAAAAUGACUUAAAAGAAGACGAAAAUUUUAUUCUCGAAUUCAGAUCAGGGGUACUGACCAGUGGUUCGCAAGAAGUCAGUUGGAGCAGAGAAGAAACUAACUAUUCUGGAGCUCCUUUAGAUGAAAACGGAAUGAGCACUACGGAAGAAACGGCUACAGCUGUGACAGAUUUAGAACGUGCAUCGUCCACUGCGACGUUGAAUUUUGGAGACACUUUUUCAACAGUCACCCCAAACUUAGAGUACACAUCAUUUACAGAACCAGCAUCAAAGGCAUCUCUAGAGAGUGAGGAGUCAGGCAGUUCAGAGUUUACAGAACGUUCAAAUGAAAAUGUGUCUUUAUCAAAUUACGACUGGUCAACCACAGAAGUACCUAUAGAAGAACUGUCAACUUUGCCCUCUGUACUAAAGGAGGAGAGAAAAGGUGUUUCAUAA